AUGGAGUUGGCGACAACUUCUUUAGUUUCGAAAUCAACAAAUCUCAACCCUUGGUCGCGGACGGUGGUGGUCGCAGCUUCGUACGGUGGUGGCUCCUCUUACUUGACCUCCGUGAAUGCCGAUAUCCAAAACCAUCUCCGACGAACCGUCCAGGCCAAACCGCCUCUCUCUGUAUACGAGCCGCUACGUCACUUCGCUCUUUUGGCUCCACCCGAUGCUGACGUGGCUGAUGCGUUGUGUGUCGCGUCGUACGAACUCGUCGGCGGUCAAAACCGCGACAAGGCCGUGGAGGUGGCAGCUGCUCUCAGGCUGUUGUACGCCGUUUCCUACACUCAUCGACCGUUGUUUGACCAUAAUGUUGGGACCGUAUAUGAACCGUACGGAGCGAGUGUUCGGCUUCUGAUGGGAGACGGUUUGUUGCCGUUGGCUAUAGAAAUGCUGGUCCGACCAAACGAAAUGGUUACGGAUGAACCGGGUCGGGUUUUACGUGUCGUGAUAGAAGAGACGCAUGCGAUGGGGUCAGAAAGGAGUGGUCCAAUCAAUGACAAUAUCGAGAAACACUACGUAAAAAGUUGGGAGAUGAAGAGUGGUUAA